UUGGUAAUUAUAUGUAUGUUAUGAAUGUAAUAGAUUAUUGGUGGUGCUGAACAUGUCUUAUUUUGCUCCAUAUGUAUGCAUUACGAUGAGAAAGUUGCUGCUACUAUUUUGAGUAUAUAGACCAUGGUUUUCUGGUGCUAUACAUGUCUUAUUUUGCUCCAUAUGUGUAUGCAUUACAGUGAGAAAGUUACUGCUACUAUUUUGAGUAUAUAGACCAUGGUUUUUUUGCUUAAUUUUGCUUGUUUCUUGAGUAGUUUACUCCUCAUGAUUUGGUUGACAAUAUUUGUUAUUUGAUUAACUAGAGAUUGAUAUAACUAUUGUUUUGCCAUUUAUCAGGUUCAAUUGCCAUUUAUUUUCUGUGUUUCUUGUACAAUGCCUCGACUUAUGCAUUCUAUAAGGAAGAAAAAGCUAAAACAAAUACAAAUAGUAAUUGCAAUGGUUAUUAUUAUGUUGAUGAUGUAUUGGAUGUGGUAUAUAAUUAGCGUUGUUACAAUAAGGGGGGUUCAAAUAAAAGAUAGGAAAAGAAACAAAAAAUUGUUACGGAUGUUAGUAUUGAGAGGGCUUUAUAGGAGAGUGAUGUGAAAUGCAAGAGUGAGCUUCGCGUUAAUAGAAAAACUUUCAAUAUUAUUUGUGAGAUGCUUAGAGACAUUGGGGGUUUGAGUGGAACAAAAAACAUGUCGCUUCAAGAGAUAGUAGCCAUGUUUUUAUACACGUUGGCUCAUCAUAAGAAGAAUAGGUCUAUUGGACAUUACUUCUAUAGAAGUGGAGAAACCGUGAGCCGGCAAUUUCACCUUUGUCUAAGGGCUUUUCUCAAGUUGCAUGAAGUACUACUUUACAAUCCCACACAAAUAUUGGAUGAUUGUGAAGAUGAAAGGUGGAAAUCCUUCAAGAAUUGUUUAGGGGCAUUAGAUGGGACUUACAUUAAUGUAAAUGUGCCUUCAAAAGAACGACCAAAGUAUAGAACAAGAAAAGGAACGAUUGCUAUGAAUGUAUUGGGUGUUUGUGCACCUAAUAUGCAAUUUAUUUAUGUUCUUCCUGGUUGGGAAGACUUGGCCCAUGAUAUGCGUGUACUUCGAAAUGCUCUUUCUAGACCAAACGGUUUUAGAGUACCUUGA